AUGGCUUUAAAUCUUGAGAAGCAGCUACUCUUUUAUGGCGCCUACCACAAUAAUCCCGUGAAUGUUGCGAUUCACAUGACAUGUGUGCCUAUACUUCUCUUCACGGGCAUUGCCCUGGCAUCUAACACACCCACCCUCAUCCCCACGCCUGAGUCUUUGCAGGUUGAGAAUCUGCCUCUCAACCUUGGGACGAUCGCAGCUAUAGUAUACUCGAUGUUUUACAUCCUCCUGGAGCCCGUAGCCGGUGCCCUAGCGACGCCGCUCAUCAUCGGCAGUGCGGCUGGUGCGAAUCACCUUCUCAGUGCCUACGGCACGAGCGCCAACUACUGGUUUGGUGGAAUUCACGUGGUUUCGUGGCUGGCGCAAUUUGUCGGCCAUGGUGCCUUCGAGAAACGGGCCCCUGCACUGCUGGACAAUCUGGUGCAGGCUCUACUGCUCGCUCCCCUUUUCAUCUGGAUGGAGAUUCUGUUCUUCUUCGGAUAUCGCCCCGAGCUGAAGAAGAGGUACCAUGAGAGUGUGAACAAGGAGGUCGCGGCAUUCAAGGCUCAGAAGAACAAGGCAAGCAAGUGA